AUGGCCACCUCAAUUUCUGCCCGGGAGCUGAACUGGAAGAAGGAUGACGUCGAGCGGAACAAAAAUAUUGCUCCCGUGGACUUGGAUGCCCUGAAACGCUAUGCAAGCAAUGCCAGACGCCAAGUGGACGGGAUUGAUUGCACUUGCCAGCUUUCUUCCGAGUACAACAUGGGUGGCCUCCAUGUUAACGAAGUGGACACUAUGGAAGCAGUCAGACAGUGGUCUAAAAUCCCCGUUCCGCGAGUUUUAGCCUACGAUGCUGCUGGUGAUAGUGGCGUCGGCGUCACCUUUAUGCUGAUAGAGUUCGUCCCGGGCGACACCGCUAUGGAUUCCUUCGGCGGUUGGAGAGUCCACAGAGGAGCGACACCUGCCCAAUUUAAGGGUAAGUUCCAUGCAGCACUCGCAGAUAUCCAGGUCGAGAUAGCCUUGGUACGCUUUUCUAACAUCGGACCCAUCGUUCGCCGAGAUGGCAAGUUUGACGUUGGACCUAUCCCAUGUCUUGGGGACCCGUUCAACACGGCGGCAGAAUACAUCGAGGCGUGGGCCAAGACGGCCAAGUUUCGCUACGGUGAGGCAACUAUACGGCCCAGAACCCCAGCACACUUAGUAGAUGAAAUCCCUUCGGCGGUCUGGUCGUUUCCUUAUAGACUAGCUACUUUAACCAUGGCGGGUGGAAGGAAUCCAAUGGAGGAGGCUCUCCGCCGCUUUCAACAAGUUGCGCAGUCCGGUCGUGGAGGCUUCGGCGCUGGCGGCAGGCCACCUGCAAGAGGGCUCGGAGUCGGAAUUGCUGGACUUGCGGCUGCGGGUGCCGGUCUCUUCCUCUUUCAGAAUGCCCUGUUCAACGUGGACGGUGGUCACAGAGCGAUCAAGUACCGAAGGAUAAGCGGUGUUAGCCCGGAGAUCUAUGGCGAAGGAACCCAUUUGAUGAUUCCCUGGUUCGAGACGCCCAUCAUCUACAACGUCCGAGCGAAGCCGAGAAACGUUGCGUCCCUCACCGGAACAAAGGAUCUUCAGAUGGUCAACAUCACCUGUCGUGUCCUCUCUCGACCCAAGGUUGAGGCUCUACCCCAGAUUUACAGGACGCUAGGACAAGACUAUGAUGAGAGGGUGCUCCCGUCCAUCGUCAAUGAGGUGUUGAAGAGCGUAGUUGCCCAAUUCAACGCCAGUCAAUUGAUCACCCAGCGAGAGAUGGUCGCCCGUCUUGUCCGAGAGAACCUGGCCCGCCGUGCCGACCGAUUCAAUAUCGCCCUUGACGACGUUUCCUUGACCCACCUUGCCUUCUCGCCCGAGUUCACCGCCGCCGUCGAAGCCAAGCAGGUCGCCCAACAAGAAGCCCAGAGGGCAGCCUUCAUCGUCGACAAGGCCCGCCAGGAGAAGCAGGCUAUGGUUGUCAAGGCUCAGGGUGAGGCUCGAUCUGCCGAGCUCAUCGGAGAAGCCAUCAAGAAGAACAAGGCCUAUGUCGAGCUGAAGAAGAUUGAGAACGCCAGGAUCAUUGCCUCGACCCUGCAGGAGGCUGGUGGAAAGAAUAGGCUCCUUCUCGACUCGGAAGGUCUCGGUCUUAAUGUCUCUCAGAUUAAGGAGAAGGUCGAAGAGAAGGAGGGUAUCCCUCCUGUCCAACAACGUCUGAUUUACAGUGGAAAGCAAAUGGUCGACGAUAAGACUGCAUCAGACUACGCCCUCGAACCCGGCGUAACACUCCAUCUGGUCCUAGCGCUCCGUGGCGGUUCACUUUAA